AGCAACAUUGUUAUUUUCACUGCAACAUUUUCUAUACGCAAUAUUUUAGUGGAAAAUCGUGAUUUCGCGUAUUUUUUGCGCAGAUAAAAUUUUUAAUUAAAACAAAGCUCACCAGCAAAUAUAAAGUCGUUGUGUUCCAUAAAAUAGUUAUAUUUAGCACUUUAAACUUUGCCUUUAUAAAUUAAUCAGUUUCUUAGAUUCUUGUCAAUCUGUUUGUAGUUGUCCAAUAGUUUCAAAUUAAUUUAAGCAGAUUUACAAAAAAAAAUUGUAUUCUUUAUAGUAGGAUUUCUUUUUAGCAGAUGCAUUUAUAGCAGUGUUUAGAUGUUUUCAAUUACUAAUAUUUCUUUCUUCUUUUUUGAGCAAAUGUCGCCUCGAAAUUUAUACACAUAAUUAAAUAUAAUCGUUUAACUUUGCCUAAUUAAAACAUCUUUAAUUGAAAUAAAACAAAACGAACAAAAUAAUUCUAAAAUGACCGAUAUUCAGAAUAUACAAAAUGUGUCGGACUGUGUGCCGCUGUAUUUGCCGCAUAGUUUAUAUCUCAAGCCGCUGGCCAAGAUGACAAUAUCAGUGUCUCUACCCGUCAAUAAAACGGGAAAAUCAAUUUCACAUUUGGAUGUAAUGGAAAAAUUAAGUGCUGCUUUAAAGCCAGAUAAGUUCUUUGUGUUAAAAGCAUCUAAAAGCACAUUAGAGUUCAUCCGGUUUGAAGCUGAGCUGGAAGAUCGAAAAAAGUUGCGCAGCGCCACUUCACGUUUAGACGGCGCUACGCUCCGUUUAUCUGGCUUUAGCGAAUCAUUUAGAGUUCGAGCUGUCGAAGCUAAAGACGAUUUUCCCACCAGACAUGAUUGGGACUCGUUUUUCCGUGAUGCUAGCAAUAUGGAUGAAAUGAAGGCUGGCGAACGUCCCGACACGAUACAUCUGACACAUUUGCCAAUACGUUGGUUUUGUCCAAGACAUAUGGAAAAUGAAGAGAAUGUCAAGCCGAGUGAAAGCAUUUUCAAACGCAUUUUUGAGAAAUUCGGUAGUGUUCGAAUUGUUGACAUACCAGUUUGCGAUCCUUAUCGAAACAAAAUGAAUGCAGACAUCAAUGGUAUGAAAACAUUCAGCUAUGAGCAUGGUGUCCUCUUUGAAGCUUAUGUUCAAUUUGAUGAGUACGUGGGAUUUGUGCGUGCCAUGGACGACUUUAGGGGCAUGAAGUUGGUUCGAAAGUUCGUGGAUAAAACUCAAGCAAUCAACAUUAACGUUACAUUUGAUAAAACAAAACAUCUCAGUGAUGCACAAAUCCUGCGAAGAGAAAGAGUGCGCAAACGUUUAAUACAAAAAGCACAAACUGAGGAGGAAGAACGAGAAAAGAAGAAAAAGGAUGAGCUCGAAAGACAAGAACGAGAAAGGCAAAAAGAAGAACAAUUAAAAUUAGCUGAGUUAGAGAAGCAGCGCGAAAGAGAAGAGAAACGCAAGGAAAAACAUUUGAAAAAAAUUCAGGAGAAAGGUCAAAUUGAAAUAUCGCAGAAAAUACGCGUCGAGGAACGCAAAUUAAUGAUCGCCCAACGGAAGCUGGAGAGCAUACGAUUGUUGGAGCAGCUUUUCGAUCGCAUUAAGCUAAAACAUGAAGGAAAAUAUUCUAAAUAUGGCAGUGAACCGCAUAAAAAAGAUCUUCGUGACCGCUUAGUGGAAAAAUACAAGGCAGCCACUGAGAAAUUACUGUCUGAGCAGAAAAAGAAGGUAGAAGAUAUUAAAACAAAAACGCCAUUAAUGGGUCUUCUGAAGAGCAGCAGACGACGUCGCUCUGAAAGUUCCGAUGCAGAUGAAGAAAAAUCAAAUAAUAAAGCUGUCGUCGCACCAAAUACAGUCGAUACAAAUAGUGUACCUGCUGUGCCUGUUGGUCUCAACCCGCUUAAUCCCUUCAAAGCUGUUGCAGCACUAGCUGCAGCUGGUGGCGCUGCCCCAAGCGCUUUACCACCUGGUUAUCCUCCUGAGGCUGCUAGUGAAUGGAUGAAAUCGCUUUCUAUGUUUCCGUACGUACCACCUGUAUUUAGCGGCAUGUCUGCACUCUACCGCCAACCCACCCCAUUUCCGGUUUCCAUGAACUACCGUGGUUUUGCGCCACGUAUGCGCGGCCGAGGGCGUGGACGUGGCCGCGGGAGAGGUGGUUACGAAUCAUCGUAUUAUAACAACUACAAAAAUAACUAUGACGACGAGCACUACGACGAAGAUGAUUAUCGCAAAGAAUCGUAUUCGCGUUCAAGAAAUCGUUCUCGUAGCCGUUCCUACUCGCGCUCUCGGUCACGCAAACGCCACUACUCCAAGCGUAGUCGAUCUCGAUCUCGUUCACGUAGUCGGAGUCGUUCUCGCAGUCGCUCCCGCAGUCGUAGUCGUAGUCGUAGUCGUUCACCUUCUCAUUCACGAUCCAGACAACGUCGUUCACGCAGCCGAUCACGGUCCGAGCGGCGUACACGUACGCGAUCUCGUUCUUACACACGCUCGCGCUCACAAUCAAAAUCGAAAACUAGACACACUUCGCGUACUCGCGAAGACUCUAAAUCUCGUAAAACACGUUCACGUACCAAGAGUCCGAUUCAACAACGCACUAAUAAGAAAUUAGUAUCUACACGUCGAUCUUACUCAACAUCCAAUUCAUCGCGCUCACGUUCCAAAUCGCGUUCACGCACCCACUCAAAACGCUCUUGGUCACGACGUGGAGUUCGAUCACCGGCAAAACGGCAGAUUGUGCUAGAAACUGACAAACUCGUCCGCUCAGCCGAAGAAAUGAAACGGUCAAUAGAAAAGGUCACCCAGGAUCGUAUGCGACUGGAAGAGCGAGAAAUAAAGGAGAAUUUUCGACACGCUAAGCCAAAUUCAGCACGCAAGGUGACCAAUACUGCCAAUUUGGAUAGCACAAAUGCGAUUGUAACAAGUUCUGAGAAUGUUGUGAGGGAAAGGAAAGAAAGCGAGAAAAAUGGUAUCAAAGAGACCGACGCAUCAGUGCCCAAUUCACCUACAGCUGGCAAAGCGAGUAAUGAGCACACAGAUCGUAGCUACAGUAGAGAACGUGUCCGGAAGCAUUCACAUCGUUCUUCCACUUCAAGACGUAAUUCAUAUGAACGCGAAGCUGAUGCUUAUUGAAUGUCUAUGUAAAGAAUUACAUAAGAUGUACGAAUAUGGGCGAGAAUAAAAUAUAGAAAUAAGAAUUUAUAUGUAUGUGUUUGUCCAACGGUAUACAUAGGUAUAUAAAACAUAAAUUUGUUAAGUAGAACGCUUAAAGAAGAGUGAAUUAUUUCAGACCCAUUAUACUAUGUAUUUAAAUAAAAGUAAAAUUUUGUUUUAUGAAAUAAUUUGAGC